GCAUCACGUUGUUCCAAAAAGCAUUAAACAGAUAUUCAGAAGUAGCUGAUAUUUUACACUGAAUGUGAUCAUGUCUGCAAAGAAAAUCAACCACAGCUGCAGCUGUUUCAAUUUCUCAGAAAAAGGAAAACCCUUCAACCAAGCACUCCUCAGAUAAAGAUGGCCCUGGUCUCCAACAGAUUGAAAAGGAAGAGAAAUAUACAGAUAGCUUAUCAGUACAGACACUCUCUCUGUGUUUGUGCUUGUCUUUGUGCCUUUCUUAGGAACUCAAAAAAUAUUAACCAGAAAUUAAUCAAACCUAUUGCAGGCUGAGGAAAUGCAGAAAAAGGAGGAGACUUUGAUUGAGAGUGAAGUGUAUGAAAAGAGUGAAUCUCUGGUAGGUGAUAGGAAGUUGAAGAAUACUAGAGAAAUCGAUCCUUUAUGGAAGGUAGUAAAAGAAUUUCAACAGAGGAAAGUGACACUUGAAAGGAAAUUGAUGGAGCUGUAUAGUCUAAAAAAACAAUUGUCAUACAUUACCCUGUUGCGAACAAACUUGGAGGAGAAGAUGGUGGAGAUUGACAAGCUUAAUGUCAUUAUUAAUUCGUUUCGGGCAGAAAGCAAUAAUCUUCAGAAAGAAAUCAAAGAGUGUAUGUUGGCAGAACGGCAGCUAGAGAUGGCAAACAAUAUAAUAAAUAAAUUGCAGAGGAAAAUUGAUGCCAAUGGAAGGCAUGUUAAGAGUCAUUUGAUGAAGCUUCAAGAAGAAGUUUGUGGAUUUCAAAGCGACCAAUUAUCGGAUAAUGAUUCUGCACUUGAGGAGAGAAAGCAAGCUGUCAAAGGUGUCGAGUUAGAAUUUAUUGAGAUGAGGAGGACAAAUAAAGAGCUUGAGUUGGAAAAGAGGGAAUUAGCAGUUAAAUUAGCUGCUGCUCAAGCCAGAAUGACUUCACUUUCCAACUUGACAGAGAGCAAGAUUAUUGCCAAGAUUGAGGAGGAGUCGAGUGCUUUUAAAUAUGCGAAUGAAGAUCUUUCGAAACAGGUAGAGAGAUUGCAGAAUAACAGGUUUGACGUGGUAGAAGAGCUAGUGUACCAACGCUGGUUAAACGCUUGCUUAAGAUUUGAAAUUCAAAACUAUCCGUCUCUAUCAAGCAACCAUAAUAUUAAUUCAAGCCAAAGAACUCAAGAGAAGUCCGAACAGCUAUUGAUUGAUGACAGCAUUUCGUCGCGUACUUCUUGGACUGAGAGCGAGAAGAAUGACAGCAGUAGUACUACUGGGAGCUCCUCAAGUAGCCAAAGAAGCAGUAUUAGUAAGAAGUCCAGUUUGAUUCAUAACAUAAAGAAGUGGGGAAGAAGCAAAGAUGACUGGAGGUCUUCCUCUAGAAGUAAUCCUGCGACAAGAAAUGGCCUAAUUCGGAGAUUUUCCACCUCAAUGGUUCCAUCCAGGCCACAGAUAGUAAGCGACGAACGUAAUCACAGUGGGAUUUGUACUCCAUUUAGCGAGCAAAAGUUGCAGGACUUGACCAAAUCUGUAGAGGCAACAUAUGUUCCACGAGCGAGGAGGAGAGUUUCUUUCACCGACUCAGCUAGAACUAUAUUAUUCUCAACAUGCCAAGAGAUCCAAGAAUCAGUACAAGGAGAUUCACAUAACAAAGAAACAGCUAUGAUGAGUACAAGCCCCGUUUCCGGAGCAGAACUGAAUAGGGAGAAACAGGAAAUAUCUGCUGCAAAUUCUGGCAAUUCAAUUGAUGACAAUGAGCAUCCUGUCAAGAAAGAUAAUGAGGAUACCAAACUGGAAAGCAUCAAGGAAAAUGCAUACAUACAGAAGCAACGUUCAAGGGUUCCUGAUAUGCUUAGAAGUGAAAAUAAGUUUGACCCAGUAACCUUUGUCUUCAUUUUUUGUUUUGUCUUGCUUGUUUUGUACCUCUUGCUGCUGCUGGAUCUCACCGAGAUUUGAGUAUUGUACUUGCUACAACCAUCUUAUAGUUUGUUCUUUGGUGCAGUGGUAGUUUUCACAUAGAACUAGUACAAUACUUAUGCUUGUGAAUGUUUUUACAAGAGCACUUGAUGACAGAAGUUUUACUACAUUCCUGAAGGGAGUGCUAUGUACAGCAGCAUCUGAUGUGAACAUCCUUUCUACAUGGAAGAUAUUAGUGUGACAUUGAGCUAACAGUUUCACGACUUUAUUGACGAUAGUUUUGAUGUUCGCGCCCCUUAUUGAGACCCUAAACGCAGUAUUUUACUUCUCAUAAAUACGGUUUAAUGCGAAUGGAAUCUGAUCUGUAACAUGAUUUAGUCUCUUCUUACUUAUUCUUGUUUAUACAUAACGAAUGAAUAAAUUAUUCUUUUAUUGUUC